CGGCAAUGGCGACUUUGAACGUGCUCUCGAAUUCUUCACGGUGUCACACACAACUACAAACUAUGCUCUAAUGGCCGUCCGUAUAAACCAAGCAGAUGAUAAUACAAUAUCUUAAAAUAAUAUGUCCUUGUCGCGUGCCGAUCCCCGCGCCUCCACCGAGUCGGUAGAGGGCGCUAUGCCAGGCUCGUUUCCCGAACCUCUUUCGCCCAUACCAACUACAAACUACCAGAGCCUGUCUCAUGCUGUUCACUUGCGAAGGGCUGAGUUCACACGAUCGAAGCGCAUUCGAAUCAAAAUCGGAACCUGGAAUGUUGCUGCUCUCAAGGGCACCGAGAAGGAUAUCGGCAGCUGGUUUGUGGGUGGAAAGGGCCUUGAGGAAAAGUUUGCUGGUCUAGGCAUAUCUUCUGAUUCUGCAGAGAGCCAUAGCCAAUCAAGGGAGAGCAUAGAGGAGCAAGAAUGCAGACAAUCGAAGAAUCAGCCUACCAUUCCGAAAGGUGAUCAAAGCGAACAGCCACAUGACGACGAAAUCGGCCUAUACGUUCUAGGACUGCAGGAGAUUUUAGAUGUUGGCUCAGCUGCCGAGGCCUUGAAGCCGUAUACGGAUCCAACGGCGGCGAACCGCUACAAGACCGAGCUUGAAUACGUGCUCCCUGCAGGCUACACAUUGGUUGCGGAGAAGCAGUUGAUUGGCAUGUUGCUUUUGAUAUACGCUUCACCAUCUGUCGCUCCAGAGAUCAAACGUGUCAGUACAACGAGUGUUGGGACAGGCCUGAUGGGCUACAUGGGCAACAAAGGCGCGGUGACAGCGCGGAUUGUUUUGGGUGAAACAACAAGGCUCGUGUUUGUGAAUUCGCACCUCGCGGCUGGAGCUGAUAAAGCUGCGCUCGAUCGCAGGAAUUGGGACGCCAGUCAGGUAGUCAGCAGAACACGAUUUGACCCCAUAGAAGACGCAUUCGGCACGACAAACAGUACGGGCGAGAGGAUUGGAGAGGAAGACAUAGCUUUCUGGUUUGGUGAUCUAAAUUACAGACUCGAUGCUCCUGGAGAUGACGUACGGAGACUGCUUAUGCUUCACACUAGAAAUGAGUACGAUCUCAACCGUGCAGCAGGAAAGACAGUAGACGAGGAAAUUGAACAUCUAGAGGAGCGACGAGGAGAAGACCCAAACACUUCGCAGAAUGAUCUCACGCAGAUGAUCAAAAAUAGAGAGGAUGACGAGUCCGAUGAGCGUCUACCUCCGGAACAAGAUCCUACGUCUUUGGAGACGACAUUACUAUCCCUUCUUGCACACGACGAACUCCACAUGCAAAUGGCUGAGCGAAAGGCCUUCCACGAUGGCUGGCAAGAGGCUCCUAUCCGAUUCUUACCUACUUACAAAUACGACGUUGGGAGCGUAGGCGUUUUUGAUUCGAGCGACAAGCGCAGAGGACCCAGUUGGUGUGACCGCAUUUUAUACAGGACACGAACAGAUCUACAACGUUUCAAGCGUAAGAUGGAGGAGGAGGAGGCGGCGCGGAAAAAGGACGAAGAGAUGAAGGCAAAGGGUAUUGAGGAUGCUGCCAACGAAGACGAAGUUCUAUUUGACUACAAUCCGGAAGACGAUGCGGAUGAAGAGUACGAUGAGAUGGCUCAACCGGAGGCUAUUGCUGUGACCACGAAGGACGGCGACCAAAUAGAACUCGUGCAAGAGUACUACAAUGCUCAUCAACGAGUGCUCUCGUCAGACCACAAACCUCUGGACGCGAUAUUCAGCUUCACAUACGACGCUGUAAUACCCGAACUCAAAGCAAAAGUCCACGCUGAAGUAGUCAGGGAACUCGACCGCGCAGAAAACGAAGGGAGGCCGACAGUUACAGUCAUAGCAGACAAAGUUCACGACGAAGAGAUGGACGAAAGCACCCCUCCAGAAGUCAAGAAUGAGAGUAUAGAUUUCGGACGAGUCCACUUCAGGGAACACAAACAACGUAACGUCACCGUCGCAAAUACGGGACAGGUCCCCGCGACAAUGGCGUUCGUUGACAGGCCCACGACAGGUGGUGAGGAGCUUGAAGCCCCUUCACCCGUUUGGCUGAGCAUUGAAUGGGACCGUGAGCCCGACUCUGUCGAUCCUAAAUCACCAAGGUCGAACAAGAAAGGCCCUCUCCCGCCACCUAUGUACACUCUUGACCCGGGCGACGCCUGCAACGUGACUUUGACGGUCCGUGUCGAGGCUUUGGAACUUGUCGGGCGGCUGAACGAGGGCGGCGCAAAGCUUGACGACAUACUGAUCUUACGAGUCAAGGAUGGGCGUGACCAUUUCUUACCUGUGACGGCUCGAUGGGUGCAGCAUGGGUUGGACAAGACAAUCUCGAAGAUGACCAGCCUAAGCGAGAGCGCCAUAAGAAAACUGCAGCACCAGGAACCGGACGCAUCAUAGAGCAGCCGCGAAAGUGGACGUUCUCAGCACGUGUAAUGUGUAAUUUAUAACCUCUUGGGAUUUUCCCACGUAAGAUGUAUAGAGUUUAUGUGCGUACUGGUCAUCGUAUCAAUUGGAUACCGAAAUUCGAAUUUCAUCACGUUUUGAAG